AUGGGCGUCAGAAUUGCUACCCAGCAGGACAUCCCCGCCCUCAAGGAAAUCAUCCUCAAGGGCUUGUCAGAAGAUUCCGUCUUCAAGUACUGCUUCCCCUCAACGCGCUCAGAAACAGCGUCAAAUCACGUCGAGACAGUCCUCAAGAGAAUCAUCGACCCAGAAAACGCCAGCUGGUUGUGUUUUGUCGUUGAUGCUCCCAAGACUCACGACCCUGUUUCCUUGGCCAUCUGCCAAACCAUCCACCAGAAUGCCGAUGGGCAAAAGGGCGUUGCCGAGCAGGCUGAGCAAGUCUUUGGCCUGGAUGCAGACGACAACCAGACAAAGACAAUAAAACGUCUCUCUGCCCUUCAACAAGGCAUCACAGAGACGCAGCAAAAGUACCUCGUUCGUCACACCGAGGUCAUCUUCCUCCAUGCCGUCAUCACGCAUCCGCACUGGAUUCGCCAAGGUUUCGCCAAGACGCUCUCCAAGCAAACCCUGCAAGUUGCCCGCCAAAAGGGCGCCGUAGUAGUCGCCCUCGCUAGCCCCUUCACAGGCUACGUCUUCUACUCCGGCACCAGCUUCGCCAACUGCGGCCGCACAAAGGUAGAGACGGACAACGACAUUGAGAACCUCGAGCUCCAGAUCAUGGUCUGCACUCCCCCCAAGCCCCUCGAGCAGCGACGCAGCUCCAUCAUGGACUACCUGGGUGGAAAGAAAAUGUCACCCGCUGGUAGCAGACGCGAGUCAUACGAUCAAGACGCUGCUGCUGCCGGCGCCCAAGAGCAUAGGCGGAGCUCGUUCCUUGACAUGUUUGGUUUUGGCCCCAAGACACCCACCACCGUCGACAAUGAUACCCGCAGAAAGUCUCACGCUUAG